AUGGAGAUCAGCAACGCGACACGUGUGGACGAUCAAUUGGGGCCGGCGUUUGCAGUAUUGGAGAGCAGCCUCAUCGUACAGAAUGAAUACGGGGACGGCUCACCCUUCUUCCUCGACGGCGCAGGCGAGAGACUACUCUUCAUCCUCGACCCCGAGCACAUCAAAGGCGCGCUCAACAACUCCGCCGAACUAGACCCCAACCCCUUCAUCCACGAAAAGAUCAUGGGCGCACUAAUGAGCAGUCCCAAAGCCGUCAUCGACUACUACAACUCCCCAGAAAGCAACACAGACUACAUCCAAACUACGCACAUCCGGCAACACACCACUGGCUCCAAUCUCGGUCUCCUCGUCCAACGCCUCUUCGACGUCAUGAAGCGCACCAUCUCUGAAACCCUCGCCGAAACCCCUGAUGGCACAUGGCACGAAAUCCCCGACCUUUACGCCUUCCUCGAAUACCAUCUUUCGUAUGGCAUAACCGAAACACUGCUGGGCAGCUCGAUUAUCGAGUCUUACCCAGAAAUCAUAACAGAUCUCUGGAUCCACAUCGAAGCCACAGAUCAAUUCUUCAUGGGCCUCCCCCGCUUCAUCAUUCCAAAAGCAUACGCCGCCCGCGACCGCCUCCUCUCCGCAAUCCGCACAUGGACCAUCAAGUCCGAGACUCUGCGUCAAGCCAACGCCGUGAACACAGUGUGGGAUCCCGUCGCGGGUUCGGGUCUUCUCCAAGAACGCGAGAAACUGUAUAGCGAAAUGCCUGGCCACGGCAUCGAAGGCAGGUCCGCUCAGACUCUCGGUUUACUCUACGGCGGAACUAGUUUAACCGUACCAGUCACAUUCUGGUAUCUAUUCGAAACGCUGCGGAAUCCGGAACUACAACAGUGUGUGUUGUCUGAGAUGAAGAACCACGUAGACGAGGAGACAAAAGCGUACAACUUCAUGCAACUCACCUCUCGCCCGCUAUUCCAGAGUCUCCACGCCGAGACCACGCGAAUGUACAGUUCCAACCUCGCGGUUCGAGAAGUAACGAGUGACGUGUGGAAGUUGGAUGGGAAAUACACCGUACCCAAAGGAACCCAAGUCUUCAUCAGCCAUAAAUUCGCCGGCCAAUUCACCCAGGGCUGGCGUGCCAUCCGGCCCCAUACUGUUGCUAAACCUCUGGAUACCUUUUGGCCUGAGCGGUAUCUCGUCAACACCUCCACUUCUCCUUCCACCCCCUCUUCCACUUCCACCCCCACCUCCACUCCGACUCCCCCCAACAAGACCUCCAACCGCUCAAAGUUCAGCGACGCAGGUCUGAGCGGUAGUUGGACGUCUUUCGGCGGCGGCGAACAUAAAUGUCCUGGUCGGCAUUUUGCACGCAAUAUCGGCAUUGUGACACUAGCGGUAUUGAUGGGGGUGUUUGAGAUUGAAGUGAGUGAUCUGGAGGGGGCGAGGAGGCUGGAUCCGGGGAAUAAGAGGAAGGCGUUUGGGACGAUGAGGCCGAGGGAGAGGAUUGCGGGGAGGGUUAGGCGGAGGGUGUAG